AGCCACUCCUAUCGGCCCCUCCUGGUCUAUUCGGAUCGUCUUUUCUUCUCAAACUGCUUUUACCAUCAAUCUUUUCGAGUCUGGAAAUACUCGCAAGUCUUCGACGACAACGUUCGUAGGCCUUUCCGACGACUUCAACUAAUCAUCAUGAGUUCUCAAAAUCCACCCAGCUCACCAUUGCGCAGCAACAUGGACUCGGCCAACCGAGGCGCCGCUCCACGAGGCAAUCGAAAGCGUGCUCGCACCGGCGGUGAUGCCAGCUCCUCUGUCGCAGCUUCUAGCCCGAUGCCGUCGUCUCCUCCCGCCUUCAACAUUGCACAUGGCGGUGACGAUGAUGACGAGGUUGCCGAAGAUGGCGGGAUCGAGGACGAUCUCGAAGAUCUUGACGAGAUGGCUGAGGACGACGUCGAUCUCUUCCGAGAGGGCUUCGAGCGAGAUUACAAAUCGAAAGACGACAAUGAUGACUACGAAGCAAUUGACAUCGAUGACGAGGGAGAUUACCAAGACCUUAGUCUCGGCGACAGACGACGCCUCGAGGCCCAACUGAACCGCAGAGACCGUGAAGUGGCGCGCCAACGACGAGGAAUGCCCGCUGCGUUCCUCCCCGGCGAAGAAGACGAAGAUGGCGAUAUUGAUCUCACCGCCCAGCCCCGUCGCCGGCGUCACGCCUAUGACGAAGACCCAGAUGACGAGAUGGACCAGGACAUCAUGGACGAAGAACUCUCCUUGGAAGCACUGCAAGAUGUCAAGGCUUCCAGUUUGACGGAGUGGGUGGCUCAGCCCGCCGUUCAGCGAACGAUCAAGAGAGAGUUCAAGGCUUUCCUGACAGAGUACACUGAUGAGAGUGGCUCUUCCGUCUAUGGAAACCGCAUUCGUACCCUUGGUGAGAUCAAUGCCGAGACCCUCGAGGUGUCGUAUGAGCACCUAUCAACAUCCAAGGCCAUUCUUGCCUACUUCCUUGCCAAUGCCCCUGCCGAGAUGCUCAAGCUGUUUGAUGAUGUGGCCAUGGAUGUCGUGCUUCUUCACUACCCAGACUACGAGCGCAUCCACCAGGAGAUUCAUGUCCGCAUCUUCGACCUCCCCGUUCACUACACUCUCCGGCAACUGCGCCAGUCACAUCUGAACUGCUUGGUUCGAGUCAGCGGUGUCGUCACUCGGCGAACCGGUGUGUUCCCCCAGUUGAAGUACGUCAAGUUUGACUGCUCUAAGUGCGGUAUUACAUUGGGUCCUUUCCAGCAGGAGUCGAACGCUGAAGUGAGGAUUACAUAUUGCCAGAGCUGCCAGUCGCGGGGUCCUUUCACUUUGAACUCCGAGAAAACCGUGUACCGAAACUACCAGAAGCUCACCCUACAAGAGGCGCCUGGUACUGUUCCUGCUGGUCGUCUCCCGAGACACCGAGAGGUCAUUCUGCUUUGGGAUCUGAUCGACAAGGCCAAACCUGGCGAGGAAAUUGAAAUUACCGGCAUCUACCAAAACAACUACGACGCCCAGCUGAAUAACCGCAAUGGCUUCCCCGUCUUUGCCACGAUUCUCGAGGCCAAUAAUGUGGUCAAGGCCCACGAUCAACUGGCCGGGUUCAGACUCACCGAUGAAGAUGAGCAAGCAAUCCGGAAACUGUCGCGUGAUCCUCAGAUCAUCGACAAGGUUGUCAACUCCAUCGCGCCUAGCAUUUACGGGCACAACGACAUCAAGACGGCAGUUGCCCUGUCGCUCUUUGGUGGUGUUGCCAAGACCACUAGAGGCGAUCAUCACAUCCGUGGAGAUAUCAACGUGCUUCUCCUUGGUGACCCCGGUACCGCCAAAUCCCAAGUGCUGAAGUAUGUUGAGAAGACGGCGCAUCGGGCUGUGUUCGCCACAGGUCAAGGUGCCUCUGCUGUCGGUCUGACGGCUAGUGUCCGUCGUGAUCCCCUGACCAGCGAAUGGACACUGGAAGGUGGUGCUCUUGUGCUUGCUGAUAGAGGUACUUGCCUCAUUGACGAAUUUGACAAGAUGAACGACCAAGACCGAACUUCCAUCCACGAGGCCAUGGAGCAGCAAACAAUCUCUAUUUCCAAAGCCGGGAUUGUGACGACGCUUCAAGCACGCUGUGGUAUCAUUGCCGCCGCCAAUCCUAUCAGAGGCCGUUAUAACUCUACCAUUCCCUUUUCUGCCAACGUGGAACUGACUGAGCCCAUCUUGUCACGUUUCGACAUCCUCUGCGUUGUGCGUGAUACUGUGGAUCCAGCGGAGGAUGAACGUCUUGCUCGCUUCAUUGUUGGUUCUCACAGUCGAAGUCAUCCUACCACCCAAAGUGGAGAGGACUCCAUGGAAGUUGAUCCUGAAUCCCAAGCUGCGGCUGAGAGCCAGGAAGACCAAGAGCAUAAAGAGGGCCAGAUCCCACAAGAACUCUUGCGCAAAUACAUCUUGUAUGCCCGCGAUCACUGCCAACCCAAGCUCCUGAACAUGGACGAGGACAAGGUGGCGCGUCUGUUCGCCGAUAUGCGCCGCGAAUCACUCGCGACAGGUGCUUACCCAAUCACGGUCCGUCAUUUGGAAGCCAUCAUCCGUAUCUCGGAGGCCUUCUGUCGCAUGCGUCUAUCCGAGUACUGUAGUGCCCAGGACAUUGAUCGGGCCAUUGCAGUCACUGUUGAAAGUUUCGUCGGCAGCCAAAAGGUCAGCUGCAAGAAGGCCCUUGCUAGGGCGUUCGCCAAGUACACACUAGCGCGACCUGGUACCGGGGCUGGUGUUGGUGCAAGGAGAGGCGGUGCGUUGAACAGACGAACUGCUGCUGCUUCUGCUUAGAUUCAAUGAUGAGGCGGUUGUGUCUUCUAUUACGGCGUUUGGUCAUGAUCCUUUGGCGGGGGGACAGGGGUGCACUUGCAGUACAGCGGAUAGAUAUAGCUCUGAGCGUGGUUGUAUGGCUUGAGUUGUUGACGUGAUAAUAUGGGAAUGAAUAACUUGACUAGAGCUGCUGUUUGAUACAAAAUAUACCAUUGAUGCCACAAUGAUUGCCC